UUUGGGGGAACGCGGUGUUUAAAAUACACGAGCGCGCGUUGUGGGUUUUUUUUGUUUUUUUUGCCUGCUGCAGAAGUUGAGGGAUCACGGGGGGAGGUGGUGAGAAGCUCGUGGCCGUUACUUGUGACGGGGGGGCCGUCUGUUGAGAAGCUUGUCCCGAGCACGCAACCCGGAGGAGGCUUCUUCCAAGCACUCCUCGCCUCCCGCGGGGCGCGCACGGGGCACAAACCCUGCCGCCCGCAGAGCGAGGGGAGCUGCGCGCCCAAAUGCUUGCACAGCCCGGGGCCGAAAUCCUUCUAGCGCCUGAUUUUUGCCUCCUGGUGCCGAGGGUUUACCGUCCUUCUGGCUCUUGCCCCGCUCCCGCGAGCCCCGCCGAUGCCUCCGCCGCGCUGCCCGCUGCCUCUCCGGGUGAAAUUUCCACCGAGGCUUCAGUGGAAGCGAGGACGUCUGUCAGGGAACAGAAAGUUUGGGUUUAGGAUUUCUCCUGAAAAGGUCUCUGGAAAGAGGAGUUGAUAAAUAACGGCGCCGACGGGGCGGGAGGCAGCGGGUCUGCUCCGUCCGCGUUUGAAGCUGGCUUUUACGUGGCUCUGCGGCUCUGUUCCCGUGCUGCUGCAGGCACGCCUCUCAGCCCGAGUUUGAGAAUCAUCUGGAAGUUGAAAUUAGUGCAGCUGUAUUUAGAGCAAAGGAGAGCAGGUGGCUGCAGCCCGUGGAAAUAGGACAGGGCUUGCUUUUAAGGGAAGCUGCGCGCAUGAAAGCGGUUGCAGUGAUAGCAGUGAAAGUUUAUAAAACGCGACUCGUGCCUCACUGCUGCCUCUCCUGUGCCCUGGCCUUCUGGAGGAGCAGCGUGUUUUAAGAAAGCUUUCCCCGUGUGCUGUCCUGAAGCGGCCCAGGUCGUGCCAAAAACGUGUGGUCCCGUGGAGGCUUCUCGUUUCAAAAAUCCCGUUUGGCAAGCCGCUGCACCCAGCACAAAGUGCCGUAGCCCCACGAGCUCAGCGCCCCAUCCGCCCUGACCUCAGCCCGCCCAUCGCUUCUAUUUAGGAACAGACAUUUCUGUCUUAACUUUGCCUCGUGGGCUGGAUCCCUCUCGUGCCCGUGAUCCCGCACCCUCCUUGGCACUGGGAAUAAUUCUUUUGCUGCUGUCGGAGCUUCGAUGACGAUCUGCCCCUUGGAGUUUCGCCUUGGCGGUGCUGUGCGGGCUGCAGGUUCUCUCGCCCAGCCCCUGCUCGGAGCUGAGCGACCGCGAUAAAGGCGCGAGGUCGGGCUCCUUGCACCGUGUUCGGGCACCCCGGUGUGCUUGGGGUGACCCGAGUCGGAGCGGGGGCUCCCCGGGGACUGCGGGCAGGAGGCAGCAGCGAGGAGCCUCCCUGGAGGCCCGCGCGCUUCCCGUCCGGCUCGCUUGGAGCGGAGCCACGCGAGUGGCUUAUUUUGUAGGAGCUCUGCUGAUAAGGCUUAUUAAAUAAAGAGCAGGGCUUGGGCAGCACGGCCGUGGGGCUGCUCAAGGCGCCGAAGUUCUUGCCUCUGGGCUGCAUCACGAAGCUUGCGUCGGGGCAAGGCCGGCACGCGAGUCCGCGGGGGGCACGAGGCAGGGCCACGCAGGCAACCUCUGCUUUGGAGGUAGGCGCCGUUCGACGCCGCUUUUGGGCUGGCUUUUCGGUUUGGGAGCUCCAUAAGCGUCGCGUCGAGGUUUGCUGCUUGCUUCGGCUGCUGGGACCUCGUGGUGGAGCCCUGCAGGGCAGGAGAGCAGCAGCGGGGGGAUUCCUCCCGGGGACUCCCGGCGGUGGGGAGCGGCGAGCUGCUGCUGGGCUUCGGGUCCUGAGCUGGCAGCGAUAGCUCUGCGGCGCCUUCUGCAGCGGAGGGAUCCACAAAACUUCGGUUUCCUUGUGUUUUUUUUAGCUUUCCCGGGACUUGAGCCAGCUUUGAAAACACCUCGGGUGCGCGGUGCGGGCUUUUUUUCGCCCGUGUGGUUGUUUAAAACCAAAAGAGCCCCGCGUUGGUUCUCAACGGAGGGCCCCGCUCCGAGGUUUGCUGCCUCCUCGUCCCAGUGUUAGGUGGAGGCAUCCUGGCUGUGGCUGCACGGCUUUCACUCUCUGUUUUUAUGGGUGUGGUGACCGAGCAAGAAAUACUGUUUGAGGAUCAAGCUCAUUACAGCGCCGAGCCGCGUGUGACUCACGGCCGCUCGGCGUAAUCUCUGCCUCGCUCCGCUGGGUCCCGGUGCGCGGCGGGGGGCAGGAGCACGUCGAGACCUCGCUGAAAAAAGCCUGUGCAGGAGUCGCGGAGGAGCCCAGAGAUUGAGGCCGAGGUGCUGAUCCGGGCGCCGCCGACCCCAGCUGCCGGGAGGAAUCCAUGAGCACACGGCCUUGGCUAUGGACAUCGUCCUGUCGGAUUUUGUUCGCUCAACGGGGGCAGAGCCGGGACUGGCCAGAGACCUGCUGGAAGGUAAAAACUGGGACCUGAGCGCAGCCCUGAGCGACUUCGAACAGCUUCGGCAGGUGCACGCGGGGAACUUGCCGCCCUCCUUCAACGAAGGACGCAGCUACAAACCCCCAGAGAAGGAGGCAGCCCGCGCGGGGCGACCGCCGCUGCAGCGGCAGGAUGACAUCGUGCAAGAAAAACGUCUGUCUCGAGGCAUUUCCCACGCCAGCUCUACCAUCGUCUCUCUGGCCCGUUCCCACGUCUCCAGCAACGGCAGCAGCGAGCACCUGCUGGAGAUGCCCAUUUCCACCUUCCAGUUGCCUGACCUCACGGUGUACACCGAGGAGUUCCGCAGCUUCAUCGAGCGCGACCUCAUCGAGCAGUCGAUGCUGGUGGCACUGGAGCAGGCUGGUCGCCUGAACUGGUGGGCGAACGUGGACCCCAGCUGCCAGCGGCUGCUCCCCCUGGCCACCACGGGUGACGGGAACUGCCUGCUGCACGCCGCCUCCCUGGGUAUGUGGGGUUUCCACGAUAGAGAUCUCAUGCUUCGCAAAUCCCUUUAUACCUUAAUGGAUAAAGGUGUGGAAAGGGAAGCCCUGAAGCGGAGGUGGCGCUGGCAGCAAACGCAGCAGAACAAGGAGUCUGGUCUCGUUUACACCGAAGAGGAGUGGCAGAAGGAGUGGAACGAGCUGAUCAAGUUGGCCUCCAGCGAGCCUCGCGUGCACUACGGCACCAACGGAGGCAACUGCGGGGGCGUUGAAAGCUCUGAGGAACCUGUGUACGAGAGCCUGGAGGAGUUUCAUGUCUUUGUCCUGGCCCACGUGCUGAAGAGACCCAUAGUAGUGGUGGCAGACACGAUGCUGCGGGACUCGGGGGGAGAAGCCUUUGCCCCUAUUCCCUUUGGAGGCAUCUAUCUUCCCCUGGAAGUUCCAGCCAACAAAUGCCAUCGUUCCCCUUUGGUUCUGGCGUACGACCAAGCCCAUUUCUCUGCCCUGGUAUCUAUGGAGCAGAAGGAACCCACAAAAGAUCAAGCUGUGAUCCCCCUGACAGACUCUGAGCAUAAGCUGCUUCCUGUGCACUUCGCCGUGGAUCCCGGGAAGGAUUGGCAGUGGGGAAAAGACGACAGUGACAACGUCAAGCUGGCCAGUGUGACGCUAUCGUUGGAAGCCAAGCUGCACUUGCUGCACAGCUACAUGAAUGUUAAAUGGAUCACGCUGCCUUGUGACACGCAGGCGCCUCUGGCCCAGCCAGAAUCCCCUACAGCCUCUGCAGGAGACGACGCUCGUUCAGCUGCGGAGUCAGGGGAGUCCGACAAGGAGUCGGUCUGCAGCAGUUCGGCAAGCAACGGUGGCAGCAGGGGUUGCAAGGACAAAGAGAAACCAAAGAAAGACCGAGAAAAGGACAAGGAAAAGGAUAAAAAACGGGCAGACUCGGUCGCUAACAAGCUGGGCAGCUUUGGCAAGACUUUGGGAAGUAAGCUAAAAAAGAACAUGGGAGGGUUGAUGCACAGCAAAACUAUGAAGGGAGGUGUGAGCAACGGGCAGGGAGAUACCUUGGAGAAGAAAAAGAAGGGAUCCUUGAAGUCAAGGAAAGGAAGCAAAGAGGAAUCCUCCCAAGGAGACUUGUCGGCUCCUGUGGAGAAAACCUGCCCGGGAAAAGCGGCCCCCGAGAAGCCGUCGGACCCCUACAAGUACAGCAACGACGUGAGGCUGAGCCUCAGCAUCCUCCGGGCUGCCAUGCAGGGAGAGCGCAAGUUCAUCUUCGCCGGCCACCUCAAGACCAGCAACAGGCUCCAGUACCAGGAGGAGAUGAUCCAGCAGUACCUGCUGGACGCCGAGGAGCGCUUUUUGGCCGAGCAGAAGCAAAAGGAGGCAGAGAAGAAGGCGCUGGCGAGCGCUGCCCCCGCCAAGAGGCUGGAGCCAGAGCUGAACGCCCACAAGGGCGAGGAGGCGAUGCUCAGCCCCGCUUACCCCCAGCCUCCUCCUGCUUACUCCAUCCAGACCCCGGAUCUGGCCCUCGGCGCGAAGAUGGCAACUUUUCCCUCCAGCUACUCGGGCGUCUUCACCUUCCCCCGGCCCUCCGUGGCCAGCAGCACGGAAGGAUCUCAUCCCCCCGGCUUCCCCGACGGCCGGCGCCAGGUCGCGGGGGGGCCCUGCGGCAGCCUCCCCCCUUACGCCACCCUCCCCAGGCACUGCGGCCAGGCCCGGCCGAGCCCCCACGCCUCCAGCCCUUCCCACGCCGGGCGAUUUUCCCCCACGGACACGGAUUCUCACCCCGGCUUCCCGGCGGAACGCGACGGCCCGGGCGGUUCGGCCCCGCACAGCAACGGCUGCCGGGAGCACGCGGAGCAGGACGGCUCGCAGAAAGGAGCGGACAAAGCGAGGGGCCGCGCUCUUUAUAACGUCCAGCAGACCAAAUGCAAGCAGCCCAACUGCAGCUUCUACGGGCACCCGGAAACCGGGAACUUCUGCUCCUGCUGCUACAGGGAGGAGCUGAAGCGCAAGGAGCGGGAGGCUCUGGUGCACAGGUUCUGAGCGCUCUGCCCGCGCUGCUCUUCGGACCCGUGGCACCUGGGGGAUGCAAUAACGCCCGUAUUUUCCCCCCCCCUCCCCACGUUCCUCUCCCUGUCCGUGGAAGGAGGGAGGCGGCGGGCGCUUGGCCGGACGGGCUGAGGAGCACGAUGCGGCCGCCGCGCCGCGGAGGUGACCCACGGCCAGCCCUCCUCCCCGCGGCAUCGCCACGAGCACGGGCGCCUUGGACGGGCUCUGGUUAGCCAGGGGGGGCUCGGGUUAGCCGGGGGGGGCUCGGUAGCCAGCCGCCGUGGAGGGCGAGCUCAGGUCGGAGCGCGAGGCGCGGGGGCUCCUCGCCGCCACCGCCGAACCAGACCAAAGCUUCGGGAGCAGCGAGCGCCCCGCGGGUCCUCCGGCCGGGCUCGACCCUCACUUCUCGUAGCGCUUCUCCCGAAUCGAGCGAAAAUGCCCCAGCAAUUUCAGUUAGAAAGUCACAGACCUUUUAAUUGAGAGGUUUUUCUUUUUUCUUUUUUUUUUUUUUAACACUGUUUUUAUUUUAUUUGGUGUUUUCUGGUACUGAGAGGAGCUUAGUCGGAAGCGGACGUUAUUUUAUUUUUAUUUUUCUGUUUUCGGUUUGAACUCGUCUGAGCCCAGCGGACGUCUCCCAGCGCCUCGCAGCAGCGGGCUCGGGGCGCUGCCCUUCCGAGGGGCUCGGCUCUUGUUUUUAAACGUUACUUUAAAAUUCUUCUUGGGGUGGGAGGGGGACGGGGUGGUCACAGUGCUGAGUGGCUUUGAGUUUUCCUGCAGAAGUUCCGUGCGGAACCGUUACCGGUACAGUCGAACCGACUUAGAAUCGACGGAGAAACGAGGUCAGUGUCUCCACCCAGCAAUAACCAACGGCGUGGAGAAGCAGGGAGGACAAAGAGCGCCCCGCGGCACCGGGAGGUAAAUCUGCACCGGGCUGCCCUUAGCUUACAGCUGUGCGUGGACACACACACGAUAACUCUUUCUACUUGAGCAAGCUACUUCCAUACUACCUCUGUUCUGCUGAAUAGAAUUAACUCGGCUCCAUUUUGCUGAGCCACGUAACUGACCUUAGGCUGAGUAAUAUUAAAGAUAUUUUUUGAUAAUAGGGCUAAAGAGUGAAAUGUAAGAAAAACGAACCCGUACCUGUGUUACUCCCACACUCGCUGUGGUCCAUCCACUACGUCCCCUUCUCCCCGGCCGAGCCCCGCGGCGCGGCACGAGCGCUGCCCUGAGCUCCCCGUUUGUCAGGGCGGGUGUAACUUUAGCACUGCAAUGUUUGCACAGAUCUUUUUUGUAACUGUAGAUCCCAAACUGGACUCGAUCCUCGUUCCAGUCCUGUAUAGAGCAAAGGUUCAGCAUUUUACCGCGUGGAAAUAAAACGUGAAUUACGCUGAUGAGUCAAAGCUUUACAACAUUCCCUCGUUUUUGUUUUUUUUUGUUGUUUUUUUUUGUUUUUUUUUUUCCAAAGCCAUCAAACUAUGCAAUCCCUUCCCAUGCUGAUCCCCCCGCCCGCCAUGGGGAGAAGCGAAGAGAGAACGGGGCAGAGAGGGUGAAAUUGUACUUAACACUGGGGACUCACCUGAAGCCUUAUUCUCACAAAUACACUAAGGCUUUCUUCUAACGUACAACUUUUACCGGUUUAAUGUACGUCUAAAAAAACAACCCAGCCCCAAAUUAAGGCCUUUUCUGUCGCAGAUGGCUGCUUUUGGCUUUCAUAAAGGCCGGGGCCGUCCCUGUGCAGGAAAGGCCUUGGUGGAAGCGGUGCCGACGCCUGCUGCGGGUGCUCCCACCUGGGUGGCUCGGCUCGGCCCCGCUGGGGUUGGGUUUGGGCUGUCGCGCUCGAAGCCAACGGCCUGUAAAUAUCCGAGCUCCUCCACCCCUCUGACUAAAGCUGUUCUUUUGGGUUUUGUUAAAUCGCUGCUACUCGGAGCGUAGAUAAGCCUUGCCCGGCUGCAAAAGGGGCAUGGAAAUAAGGUCGCUGCGAGCGGGGUUUUCCUUAGGGUCCCUUUGCCCGGCAGUGGGGAGCCCCGGGGCUGGCACGCGGUCAGCGAGGCGUGCAGGGUGACUGCUGUGGGCGUGCUCUGCUCUUGGAGUGAUGCAAGGCAGCGAAUUUCUCCCUGGGGUUGGGUUAAAGUGCGCUGGCUUUACUGCAGGGGUGAGAGCGCGCGUGGUCGGGUCCGUGCCGGCGGCUCUCCCCCCGGUGACCCCGCAGCAACUCAUUGGCGGAACCCAAAUAUCAAACCCGAGUGGGUUUAUUUGAAACAAAACAAAACCCAACUCGCUGUGCGGGGAUCAGUUUGUGCAGAGGCUUCUGCCUCUUCUUUUUCCUGUGCCCCGGAGCAGCAGCUUUAUUGUAGAAUCCUUCGGCUGCUGCCGAGAGCACGAGGAGCGGGGAUGCUCUGCGCCCCCCGCCAAAGCACGAGGAGCGGGGGCGCUCCGUGCCCCCCGCCAAAGACCGCGGGCAGGGGAGGACGGAAGGCACAAAUUGAUGCUCCGCCAGCUCAAUGCCCCUUUCCUGCUUUUUUUGGGGGAGCCGCUGCCGGAGCCGCUGCUGCCGUUCCUCCUCCCGAGGGUUUUUGGGGGAGAAAAGGGAGUUUGGCCGAGUGCUUUGUGCCCGCUGCUGAUGCCGUGGCCCUGCCGGUGAGGUUUGGCCGCGGCGCCGUCCUCCCCGGGGACCGCGCGAUCCCCGACGGCCGCAGCCCCGGGAGCCUGGAGGAGAGCGGGGUGGUGGAGGUGAGGGGCGAAGUUCCCCAAAAAUUAAUUCCCCAAUUCCCCGUUUUGGGGUCGGUUUUGAAGCCCAGCCCUGUGGCCCGUGCUUGGUCUGCCAUUUUUACCGCCGUUCCUGGAAUUCGUAGCUUUUUUUAAACUCAAAAUGGGGGGAAAAAAAAAACACAACUACAGGCAAAAUUAGGCUUCCAAUGAAAAGAGUAAAAUAGCAAAGAGUAUUUUUUCUACGAAGUGCAGAAUCUCAGCUGUUCCCUGAGCAUCCCUGAGCCCAAACCUUCCUGCCUUACACACCGAAUCGAGGGAAUCGGCCGCGUUUCUUCAGUACUGCUAAGGAUUUUUUCAGGUCAUUUUUGUUUCCUUUAUGGUGAAACUAAUAUUUUUUUCCAUGGGACUAUUAAAUACAACUUAUAUUCAUUGGAAGACAUUUACCAACCACCGGUUCCUUUCCAUAACCACGCCAGAGCCCCUGCCCACGCCGUAUUUUAGGGUUUUGGUAUGUUUUAGGGGCUCGAUAUAUUUUUGCUACCUUUUUUUUUUUUUUUUAAGUGGGGUGGGAGAGCGAGAGCAGCUCGUGCUCCGCAGCACCUCGCACGGAGGCACCAAACCACCCCAGGGUUUUUCUCCCACGUCUGCCCCGCCGGCGUGUGAAGGAGACGGGGAAGGGGAGGCUGCGACUUGAUCCCGAGGUCUCAAAACAAGUGCACUUAGCGGUGUAACGGGAAGAAACUUUGCUGCCGUCGGGACCUGGGGGUUUCUGCGCAGCCUGGCCCUCCUGCAGUAAAGGUCCACGACCCUUUUGGAAAGUUUUCAUUUUGUCUUAGCCCCGGGUCCCAUCCUGCAGCCUGGGUUUUGGCCCCAUCUUGGCCGUCUUGCCCGGGCUCCCCAAACGAGCUUCGUAACGUCCCCCGUGUCCCCAGCCCCUCCAGGGAGGGGUGGUGGGAUGCUCUGGUCUUCACCGAUCGCACAAGAGGUGACCUGAAUUAAUUCUGCAACCGUUUAUUCACAGAAGACUUUUUUUUUUUUUUUUUUUUAAAUUAAGAAAUAUUGGGUUGGCGAUUUUUACUCUUUGUUCGAGCACUGCUGUACUGAGCACUAGAUGGCGCGUUGUAAUCGGGCUGUUCACGGCAUCCUUCAUUUAUGCUACCAUAGAUUCACUGACAAUAAACAACGUUCAACUAAUUA